CAAGGACAACACCCAUAUCAGAAAUUAAACAACGAGCGCCAAUCAAAUGGAAAAAAAACCCAUCACUCAUGUCUGGUCAAAACCAAGACUGAGAAAAACCAACAAGAACUUUGGUAUAUAAACUUCUCAGCUCCAUCAUAUUCUCUCUCACACAGCUCUCCUUGGACAAAAACCCAACCAAGAAAAUGAUAACCAAACCUAUGUACGGUUUUUUACUUCUCUUCUUCUUAUUCACCUUCAACCAAAAUUUAUGCUAUGCACAAGUUCUACCAACGACAUCAGGCAUUAAAUGUAAUCCCAGCCAGUUCAAUUCAUGUCAAACUUAUGUAUAUUACAGAGCUAGAGUUCCAGAUUUGCUUGAUUUAGCCUCAAUUGGUGACCUGUUUUCAGUAAGUAGGCUAAUGAUUGCAAAUCCUAGCAAUAUUUCUGCCCCAAACACAACUCUUGUCAAUGACCAACCACUUUUUGUACCAAUCUCAUGUUCUUGCAAUACAGUCAACACAACUUUUGGUAGCAUAUCUUAUGCUGGUCUUAACUAUAGUUUCAAAUCAGGUGACACUAUGUAUGGUGUAUCAACAACCAAGUUUCAAAAUCUAACCACUUUUCAAUCUGUUGAGGCUAUUAAUCCAACUGUUGUGCCAGAAAAUAUUGACAUAGGCCAGUCCAUAAAGUUCCCAAUUUUUUGCAACUGUCCAAACAGGACACAACCAAGAUUCCUCGUCAGUUAUGUUUUUCAACCUUCUGACAACAUUUUUUCAAUUGCUUCAAGAUUUAGAAUAAACCCACAAUCUAUAAUGGCUAUUAAUGGAAAUAAUUCCAGGAUUUAUGAUACCCUUUUUAUCCCUCUUUCUAGUCUACCUAAUCUUCCACAACCAGCACCUUCAAAUAAUACCCAACCCCCUCCCCCACCCCCACUCUCACCAAUAGUGCAAAAAGACAGAAAAGGACAAGUCAUAGGAUUAGCAAUUGCUUUAGGAAUUUGUGGGCUAUUGGUAAUUUUGGUUGGCGGUUUAUUUUUUAGAGAAAAAUCUAAGAAGAGUGAAAAGUUUAGUGAUGUAGAAAGACAAAAAAGUCUAUAUGUUGGAUCAAAAAAGGGGUCUUUUAAUAAUAAGGAUGUUGAAGUGAAUUUGAUGGCUGAUGUGUCAGAUUGUUUGGAUAAGUAUAAAGUGUAUAAAAUGGAACAACUUUGGGAAGCAACAGAUGGAUUUGAUGAAGGGUGCUUGAUUCAAGGGUCUGUGUAUAAAGGUACAAUUGAUGGUGAAGUGUUUGCAAUCAAGAAGAUGAAGUGGAAUGCCCGUGAGGAACUCAAAAUCCUGCAAAAGGUGAACCAUGGGAAUUUGGUGAAGCUAGAGGGUUUUUGCAUAGACCCUAAAGAAGCAAAUUGCUACUUAGUUUAUGAGUAUGUUGAGAAUGGUUCACUACAUUCAUGGCUUCAUAGUGAGAAAACUGAAAAAUUGAGCUGGAAAACAAGAUUAAGAAUUGCCACUGAUGUUGCAAGUGGUCUCUUAUACAUCCAUGAACACACAAGGCCAAGAGUUGUCCACAAAGACAUCAAGACUAGCAACAUUCUCCUAGAUUCCAACAUGAGAGCCAAAGUUGCCAAUUUUGGUCUUGCGAAAUCAGGAUGCAAUGCCAUAACUAUGCACAUUGUGGGAACUCAGGGGUACAUCGCCCCCGAGUACCUCACUGAUGGGAUUGUAUCGUCUAAGAUGGAUGUUUUCUCCUUCGGUGUGGUGUUGCUCGAGCUCGUGUCAGGGAAGGAGGCUAUUGACGACGAAGGGAAAGUCUUGUGGGCGAAAAUUGGUGAAUUUUCGGAAGGGAGUGAAGAGAGAAAGGUGAGGAAAUUGCAAGAAUGGAUGGAUGAAAGUCUUCUUAGAGAGGAAUUUACAAUGGAGAGUGUUAUGAAUGUGAUGUCUGUGGCUAUUUCUUGUUUGAGUAAAGAUCCUUCAAGAAGGCCAGGCAUGAUUGAAAUUGUGUAUGCCUUGUCUAAAAGUAUUGACCUUUUUUCUGAUAUCUCAGAGGAGGGACUAUCUCCAAGGCAAGUCACAGCAAGAUAGGAUACAAGUUAUGGUCCUUGUGGAGACUUGGUUAAUGCUGAGUCUAUAUUAGUUGUAGGAGCAAAUUAUGUAAAGUAGAUUUGAAGUGUAGCAGCAUUUUGUGUUUUGAAGUUUUUCCUUUACCUAAAGUUUGCUUCUAUGUAUUAAACUCCUACAGUAUCUUUUUGUAUGUUCCCUAGUGUUGUGGAAAAUCUAAUUUCGAAUAGGAGGAUGUUAAAAAAAAAAAAAUGUUUAAUGUCGUUUAAGUGCGAGAAUAAUAUAUAGUCCUUGUAGUGA